AUUUAGAUUAAAUUGUUUUUACAGUUCAAGAAACUUACUGCAUAUUGUUCAAGAGAAAAAGCAUCAUCGGUUUGAAUUUAGAAUGGAUAACGACGAGAAAAAAAUUGAAAGUGUUGUUUUUAAACCAAUCGGGUACGCUUCCACAUGGUUCAAAUUUAAAAAUGCAACCCCACGGCAACCUUCCGUUUCUGCGUUAACGAGAGGUUCAAUUAAAAUAUCAACAGAAGUGUUUAGUCAGCCACAGCAUUCCCUGAAAAAUCUUGCUGAGUUUUCACAUGUCUGGAUUAUUUUUUUAUUUCACAAAAAUGGUCGUCCAUUCACAAAAACAAUGGUAGCCCCACCUCGACUUGGUGGUGCAAGAGUUGGUCUGUUCUCAACUCGAUCACCUCACCGACCAAAUCCGAUUGGACUUACGUUAGCAAAGUUAGAAAAAGUUGAGGGAGACACUAUUCAUCUUUGUGGCUUAGACCUGUUAGAUGGUACACCUAUUAUAGAUAUUAAACCAUAUAUCACUUCUUAUGACCACCCACAAGACAUCGAAAAAAAUGAUUCAGAUGAGUCUCAUCCAGAUUCAGCAUCAGUCCCACCCACCACAAUAUCCAAUCCUGAAUGGAUCACAUUAGGUAGUUCAGAGAAAACUUUGAAUGUUGCCUUCACACAAGACGCCCUUUCCCAAAUACGGCAAUUUUCACCUGAUGCGGAAGAUCCCGCUUAUCGGUUGUCUUUUUUGAAAUCUCCCGAAGAGGCGCAAAAGGCCAUCGAAGACAUUUUGAGAGAAGAUCCCAGAUCAAUUUAUAGGAAGAUGAAGGGUCAAGAUCUUCUGUACUUCUGUGUAGUAGAUUGCAUGCAUGUGACAACCUGGUUUGACGAAGUUAUAAAAAAAUGUGAAGUGUUAAGGGUCAUGCCUUACUCAGCAAGACAAGCUAUGAUUGAGGCAAACAAAAAGCAACAGUGGGACAAUAAUCUGGCAAAAAUUGAAGAUAAAAUGAAAGUGAUGUAAUAACGUAGGUUGUUAAUGAGAAUAAACGGUGCAAACACUA